UGCGUAAGAUGGCGGCCGCGACACUGCUCCGGGGCGCUGCUCCGGGGCGUGGCGGCUCGGCCUGGCGCUGGCAGCUGCGCGCGGCUCCAAGGCACCGCCUGGCCCACGGCUCGGGCUGUCAGGGUGGCGACCGUGCAGGCGGCGCAGCCUGGGCCUGCUUCCCGCUUAGAGAGCGCGCCCUGGUGCGCGUGCGCGGGCCGGACUCGGCCCCGUUCCUCCUGGGGCUGCUGACCAAUGAGCUGCCGCUUCCGGGUCCUGCGGCGGAUGCGGCCCCGCCUUUAGUACGCGCGGUCUACGCCCACUUUCUCAAUGUCCAAGGACGCACGCUCUAUGACGUCAUUUUCUACGGGGUCCCCAAACACGCUGACCAGGAGCCCACCUUCCUCCUGGAGUGUGACAGCUCAGUGCUAGACGCACUGCAGAAGCACCUGGUGCUGCACAAGAUCCGGCGGAAGGUCACGGUGGAGCCGUGCCCUGAGCUGCACGUUUGGGCCGUGCUGCCCCGUGACCCGGAGGAGGCCAGUGGGGCCACACUGCUGCAGGAGCACAAGGGUACUGCCAUACUCACCUGUGACCCCCGCACUGCUCGCAUGGGCUGGCGGCUCCUUGCUCAGGACAAGGGCUCUACCCUGGUGCCUGGGGGCCAACUCGGGGACCUCCGGGAUUAUCACCGGCACCGGUACCUGCAAGGCGUUCCUGAGGGAGUCCAUGACCUGCCCCCAGGAGUGGCCCUGCCCCUGGAGUCCAACCUGGCCUUCAUGAAUGGUGUCAGCUUUACCAAGGGCUGCUAUAUAGGCCAGGAGCUGACAGCCCGCACCCACCACAUGGGUGUCAUCCGUAAGCGCCUCUUUCCGGUGCAGCUCUCGGGUCCCCUCCCUGCCAAUGGCAUCUCCCCUGGUACUACGGUGCUCACCGAGUCUGGACAGGCAGCUGGCAAGUACAGGGCCGGCCAGGGAGACGUGGGGCUAGCCUUGCUGCAUUCAGAGAAAAUCAAGGGCCCUCUGCAUAUCAGAACUGCUGGGAGUGGCCGGGUGGCCUUGACUGCAUCUGUGCCUGACUGGUGGCCCACAACCACCAAGUAGCGUGGACAUCCCUGUGCUCCCACUGAGGGCCUCUAUCUCUUUGCACACCUGCAGGCUGGCUCCCACUUCCCAGGGUUGCCCUGUGGAAUGCACACCCCCUUGGAAGGUCCUCGAAUAUACAUGGGGCUCUUGGGGCUGUGGGUGCAGUAGGCAUACUGCUGCUCUAGGCCUUUCCCGAAAGCCCACCAUGCUUCUGCAGAGACACUGGUCUGUGCCAGGGGCAGCAGGAGCAAGCCCUGUGCCUACCUCUGUGCCGAGCUGAGUCCUAUCCUCCAGCACACCCCAGACGAGGACCUAAACCAUGUUGGUCUAGAGGCCGUUUGUCCAUCAGCCAACGAUAGGAGAGAGGACCUGUGCUCCUGAGCCUUCCCCGCCACCCGUACCACUCAGCUUGCUCUGGGGCAGGCCUGGGACUGAGGCAGUGCAGCCUCUGGUUGGCAAGGGGCAGGCGGCUCUGGAAAUUGUCUUCUGUGUGGGUUUGGGGCAGGUCUCAGGGCGGGAAUUGUGUGCAGUGGUAUCAUGGUGGUAUAUGUGCAUGGAGGCACGCACCGCCCCUAAACACCACAAAAGGUUCUCCAGGUACACCAUUGCGUUCGGUGCUGGCUGUGGAGCCCUGGACCUCUUCAUGGUGGUGCUGCAGCUUGGCAGCGUCUGCCCCUGGCGUCCUGGGCAGCCCCUCCCGGAGCCUGCAUGAUCUCGGUGGGCCGCCUGCAGGGAGGGCUUCAGCUUGAUUUCCUGCUGCUCUUUUAUGAUGUGGUGUGCCUUCAUGGUAAGGAGACCAUGCUGACAUCCAUCCUCCCACUCAGUGUGAAUGUCAUGUUUAUGGGUGACCUGCUCAUACUCCAGAGCAACUAUUAAAGUUUGAUCCACAAGUGGC